AAAAGCAGGUGAAGGAGAAGAGUAAGGGCCAAUGGAGUCCUGUGAAGGUCAGCACCCAGAGCAAAGACCCCCCACCACUGCCACCCCUGUGGAGCCAGACUGUACAUACCAUUUGGCAAAAUGCUACUUCAAAAUUGUGCUCAAUAAAUAUGGAAGGCAAACAAAGAAUAUGCAUAACACAUCCAUCAGAUUAAAAGAAUAAUGAAAUGAACACCCAUCGCAGCCCCUCUGACCUUCAGGAGAAGUGACCAUUGUCCCCCCAAGUCCAUCCCUCCCCGCAGGUCCCUCCCCUGAAUGUGUUUAUCAUUCCUGAGCUUUGCUUCUUUGUAUCAUCACAUGUGCACACUCCUAAAGCCUGUUUACUUUAAUUUUGCCCAUUAUGAACUUUCAAUCAAUUGAAUCAAACAGCAUGUAUUCUUCUGACCCUCGGUUGUCAGAUCUCCGUUAUGUCUGUGACCUUCAUCAACACUGAUGCACGUAGCUAGAGCUCAGGAACUCGCACAGUGGCGUAUGUAGCAUUUCCUUGCAUGACUGUGCCCCAGUUUGCCUAUUUUUCUGUCAUUAGUCAUAAGGAUGACUUCCACCCUUUACAAUACUUACAUAUUAUUGUAAUUUUUGCUGGGAGCAUUCUCGUACAUGUUUCUGGGUACACACAUGCAAAAGUUUCUCUACAGGGUAUAUACCUAGGGAUAGAUUUGUUGAGUUUUAGGGAAUUGUGCUUUUAAAAUGAUUUUCCCUAAGAACAAAUACCCUUUUGCAGCUUCAUCAUUCAAUGGCAGAGUCAGCAUUUGAAUCCAGGUCCUAUUUAACCACCUGGCUCCUACACCUCUGGACACGUGCCUGGAUCAAGAGGAGCAUUUCGUGGUGGCCCUGUACAACUACAGCUCGGUGAAUGACAGGGACCUGCAGAUGCUGAAGGGGGAGAAGCUACAGAUACUGAAGGAAGUUGGAGACUGGUGGUUGGCCAGGUCUCUCAUCACCGGAAGAGAAGGCUACGUGCCCAGCAACUUUGUGGCCCGAGUGGAGACCUUGGAAGUGGAAAAAUGGUUCUUUAGAUCAAUUAGCCGGAAAGAUGCUGAGAGGCAGCUUCUGGCUCCAAUCAAUAAGGCGGGCUCCUUUCUUAUCAGAGAGAGUGAAACCAACAAAGGUGCCUUUUCUUUGACUGUGAAGGAUGUGACCACCCAGGGGGAGAUGAUCAAACACUACAAGAUCCGCUCCCUGGAUGAAGGGGGCUAUUACAUCUCCCCCCGCAUCACCUUCCCUACUCUCCAGGCUUUGGUGCAACAUUAUUCUCAGAAAGGGGAUGGUUUAUGCCAGAGGCUGACCCACCCCUGUGUGAGCCUGGUUCCUCAAAACCCCUGGGCCCAGGAUGAAUGGGAAAUCCCCCGGCAGUCUCUCAAGCUGGUCAGGAAACUUGGGUCUGGGCAGUUUGGCGAAGUCUGGAUGGGUUAUUACAAGAACAACGUGAAAGUGGCCAUCAAGACCUUAAAGGAGGGAACCAUGUCUCCGGAGGCCUUCCUGGCAGAGGCCAACCUGAUGAAAACUCUCCAGCAUGAGAGGCUAGUUCGUCUCUACGCCGUGGUCACCAAGGAACCCAUUUACAUCGUGACGGAGUACAUGGCCAGAGGAUGCUUACUGGAUUUCCUGAAGACGGAUGAAGGUAGCAGAUUGUCCCUUCCCAGACUGAUCGACAUGUCAGCCCAGAUUGCCGAAGGAAUGGCGUAUAUUGAGCAAAUGAAUUCAAUCCACCGCGACCUGAGGGCAGCCAACAUCUUGGUGUCUGAGAACUUGUGCUGUAAGAUUGCUGACUUCGGCUUGGCCCGCAUCAUUGACAGUGAAUACACCGCUCAAGAAGGAGCCAAGUUCCCCAUCAAGUGGACUGCCCCAGAGGCCAUCCAUUUUGGGGUGUUCACCAUCAAAGCAGACGUGUGGUCAUUUGGAAUCCUCCUGAUGGAAAUCAUCACUUAUGGGCGUGUACCUUACCCAGGAAUGAGCAACCCCGAGGUCAUCCGCAGCUUGGAGCGCGGCUACCGCAUGCCGCGCCCCGACUCAUGCCCGCCCGAGCUGUACCGAGGUGUCAUCGCCGAGUGCUGGAGGAACCGGCCGGAGGAGCGGCCCACCUUCGAAUUCCUGCAGUCGGUGCUCGAGGACUUCCACACGGCCACCGAGCAGCAGUACGAGCUGCAACCCUAGACCCUGGCGCGGGGACACGGGUCCGGCACCCGUGGGGCCCGGGGAUGGCUCACACCCGUGGCCCAACCUGUAGGACAGACCAGGUGUGUUCACCUCUCAGCUUUUAUUCCAGCCCCAGCCAGCCUGGAAAGGCACGGAGGAAUUGGUACACCCAUUUCUUAGAUGAGGAAAGUAGAGGUAGAGGCGGCCUGAGAGGUCGCUCACACAGCAUGGACUCCGGACAUCCAAUUGCAGCCCCACCUUUCUCUGACAGUGUGACCUUGGGUGAGUCAGUUGGCCUCUCUGUUCCUCCGCUGUCUCAUUUGUACAGUGGGGAAGAACCAUAAUAGUACCUACCUCGUAUGUUCCUCAAGAGGAUUAUAUUAGUUAACCCCAGUAAGAUGUUCAGAAUAGGUCCUGACACACCGUUAAAUGUUUGGCAUCCUUAAGACUCCCCUGUGCUGGCGCCAAAAGCGAGAAGAGACGUCGCUACCGGUGGCUGGGAGUCCCGCUGCUCCGACCUGCGCCGUCGCACCCCUGUGCUGCUCCCUUUCUGCUAGCCCGGAAGCAGGACUGGGUCCUCCGAGACCUCCGCCCAGAGAAGCGUCCACCUGCCCCUGAUCUUGAUUGCGCUCCAGCACGUUGGGGACUUCUCCGUAAUAAAGUCAUGAGAUGUCGUUACUGGUGACAAGCCUGGACUCGCUACGUGACACAGGUGGUUUGCAUGAGUGGCACAGCGAGGGACUCGCGGAUCCGUGGAAACCGAGGCUCCCGCCCCGGGGACAACGCCGCACACCCAAAGGUCAUUGCCUUUUAGGGGAGGCUUGAGCGGAGCCAGCAGGUGGCGCCCUCACCUCAGAAAUCCUUGGGUUCCAGGUCUGAGUCGGGGACUCUUUGCUCAGCAAAACGCCCAAACUGUCGGUGAGAGCCGUGCUUUUUUGGGGAUGCGUACACAGGGGAGCAAGUGCCCUGGGCUCCCAGUCUUGAGACCAUGCUCACCAACGAUGUGUGGACAAUGACGGGAUGGUAACUCCAAAAAACCGUUCAAGCCUUUGCACUGUUCAGGAGGCUCGCUAUUUGUCACAGGUUUUUUUGUUUGUUUUAUUUAUAAUAGAUUUAUUAUAAUAGAUUAUUAUUAAAUAGAUUUAUUAUAAUAGAUUUUUCUGAGCAUUUAGGUUUACGAAAAACAAGUGGAAAGUACAAAGAAUGUCCAUUAACCCCUCACUCCCACCCCUCAAUUUCCCCUUUUAUUAACAUCUUGCAAUAGUGUGGUACAUUUGUUACAAUUGAUGAGCCAAAUUAACACAUUAUUGUUAGCUAAAGCUUGUAGUUUACAUUAGGAUUCGCUCUUUGUGUUAUGUUGUAUAGAUUUGGACAAAUAUAUAAUGACAUGCCUCCAGCAUUACACUAUCAUACAGAAGAGUUUUGAUGCCCUAAAGAUCCUUUGUGCUUCAAUUCAUCCCUCCUUCCCUUCCUUUGAAACCCUGGCCAUCAACUUGCCAUGUUUUGACUCCUUUGAUCCUGGUAACCCAAGGAAGCAGGAAUAUUACAAUGCCAUGUACGGAGGAAUAAAGGUAGGCACAAAGAG